GAGGGCGUCGCUCUUUUUUUCCUCCCUUCUGGAGCAUUUGAACCCUGCCGAGAAUCCCUCAAUAUGCGACUGAAGGGCCAUUUUGCUGCAGCGCACGAAUUGGACACACAAUAAAGCCCCCUUGUCGCUACGAGAAGCACGGCAGGGUUCAGGAAAGGUCUUCAGAUGCAGCGCGGUUAGCCCGCAAAAGCCUAGGCUGAAAAGGUGUGCGCCCCUCCCCCAUCCACGCUGGUGCAGAGGGACCCGGUCAGGAAGCACGGCCUCUCCCCAGUCGGAGACCACGCCUCCUCCGCCUUUCUUCCCCCCUCCCACCUCGCUUUACUCCUCCCAGGAAGCGGUGAUAGACAGUUCUGUGUGGUUCUCCACCCCCACCCCCCAGCUGAGUGGAGGAGUUGAUGUGUCUCAUUAUAACAGCCAAUGCAGCCGCCAUCCACGCACAAGCAAAGAAGCAUGUCCCAUUUAAAUACACCCACGCAGCCCCAGCGCCCUUAGCCGUUCAGGGCGCGCAGCCCACACGCACCGCGGCUCCAGGGCUUGGAGAUCCGCUCAGGUUGGGCUCCCGGACCCGGAGGACCGACGCACGGAGGAUCGCGAUCUGGCGCUGUGGGAGCCGGGGUGGGCGGAGGAGGCUGGGCCCCGGGCCUCUGGCGCGACAGCCGCAUGAGGACGCGAGUGAAAUAGACCAAGGUGGAAUUUCCAAGGGAAUAGCUUCGGGGUGGUUUUGGUCCCAUCUCUCCCGCAAGAAGUCGACAUGGCGAGCGACUCCCCGGCUCGCAGCCUGGAUGAAAUAGAUCUCUCGGCUUUGAGGGACCCUGCAGGAAUCUUUGAAUUGGUGGAACUUGUGGGCAAUGGAACAUAUGGACAAGUAUAUAAGGGUCGUCAUGUCAAAACGGGCCAGCUGGCAGCCAUCAAGGUUAUGGAUGUCACAGGGGAUGAAGAGGAAGAAAUCAAACAAGAAAUUAACAUGUUGAAGAAAUACUCUCAUCACCGGAAUAUAGCUACAUACUAUGGUGCUUUUAUCAAAAAGAACCCACCAGGCAUGGAUGACCAACUUUGGUUGGUGAUGGAGUUUUGUGGUGCAGGCUCUGUCACUGACCUGAUCAAGAACACAAAAGGUAACACGUUGAAGGAGGAGUGGAUUGCGUACAUCUGCAGGGAGAUCUUACGAGGGCUGAGUCACCUGCACCAGCAUAAAGUGAUUCAUCGAGAUAUUAAAGGGCAAAAUGUCUUGCUGACUGAAAAUGCAGAAGUUAAGCUAGUGGACUUUGGAGUCAGUGCCCAGCUUGAUCGAACAGUGGGCAGGAGGAAUACCUUCAUCGGAACACCCUACUGGAUGGCGCCAGAAGUUAUUGCCUGCGAUGAAAACCCAGAUGCCACAUAUGAUUUCAAGAGUGACUUGUGGUCUCUGGGAAUCACCGCUAUCGAGAUGGCAGAAGGUGCUCCCCCUCUGUGUGACAUGCACCCCAUGAGAGCUCUCUUCCUCAUCCCCCGGAACCCAGCGCCUCGGCUGAAGUCUAAGAAGUGGUCAAAAAAAUUCCAGUCAUUUAUCGAGAGCUGUUUGGUAAAGAACCACAGCCAGCGACCAGCAACGGAACAACUGAUGAAGCAUCCAUUUAUACGAGACCAACCUAAUGAGCGACAGGUCCGCAUCCAGCUCAAGGACCAUAUCGAUAGAACAAAGAAGAAGCGAGGAGAGAAAGAUGAGACGGAGUAUGAGUACAGCGGAAGUGAGGAAGAAGAAGAGGAGAAUGACUCCGGAGAGCCCAGCUCCAUUCUGAACCUGCCCGGGGAGUCGACGCUGCGGCGGGACUUCCUGAGGCUCCAGCUGGCCAACAAGGAGCGGUCUGAGGCCCUGCGGCGGCAGCAGCUGGAACAGCAGCAGCGGGAGAACGAGGAGCAUAAGCGGCAGCUGCUGGCCGAGCGCCAGAAGCGCAUCGAGGAGCAGAAGGAGCAGCGGCGGCGGCUGGAGGAGCAACAAAGGCGAGAGAAGGAGCUGCGGAAACAGCAAGAGAGGGAGCAGCGCAGACACUAUGAGGAACAGAUGCGCCGGGAGGAGGAGAGGAGGCGCGCAGAGCACGAGCAGGAGUACAUCAGGCGACAGCUGGAGGAGGAGCAGAGGCAGCUAGAGAUCUUACAGCAGCAACUACUGCAUGAACAAGCGCUACUUCUGGAAUAUAAGCGCAAGCAGUUGGAAGAACAGAGACAAGCAGAAAGGCUACAGAGGCAACUAAAGCAAGAAAGAGACUACUUGGUUUCUCUUCAGCAUCAGCGGCAGGAGCAGAGGCCUGUGGAGAAGAAGCCACUGUAUCAUUACAAAGAAGGGAUGAGUCCUAGUGAGAAACCAGCGUGGGCCAAGGAGGUAGAAGAACGGUCAAGGCUCAACCGACAGAGUUCACCUGCCAUGCCUCACAAGGUUGCCAACAGGAUAUCAGACCCCAACCUGCCCCCACGGUCGGAGUCCUUUAGCAUCAGUGGGGUUCAGCCUGCUCGGACACCCCCCAUGCUCAGAUCAGUUGAUCCCCAGAUCCCGCAUCUGGUAGCAGUGAAAUCCCAGGGACCUGCCUUGACCGCCUCCCAGUCGGUGCAUGAGCAGCCCACGAAGGGCCUCUCUGGGUUUCAGGAGGCUCUGAAUGUGAGCUCUCACCGUGUCGAGAUGCCACGCCAGAACUCAGAUCCCACCUCUGAAAACCCACCUCUCCCCACUCGCAUUGAGAAGUUUGACCGAAGCUCUUGGUUACGACAGGAAGAAGACAUUCCACCAAAGGUGCCUCAAAGAACAACUUCUAUAUCCCCAGCAUUAGCAAGAAAGAAUUCUCCUGGAAAUGGUAGUGCUCUGGGACCCAGAUUAGGAUCUCAACCCAUCAGAGCAAGCAACCCCGACCUCCGGAGAACCGAGCCCAUCUUGGAGAGCUCCUUGCAGAGGACCAGCAGUGGCAGUUCUUCCAGCUCCAGCACCCCCAGCUCCCAGCCCAGCUCCCAAGGCGGCUCUCAGCCUGGGUCACAAGCAGGAUCCAGCGAGCGGACCCGGGUUCGAGCCAACAGUAAGUCGGAAGGAUCACCAGUGCUCCCCCAUGAGCCCUCCAAGGUGAAACCAGAAGAAUCCAGGGAAAUUACCCGACCAAGUCGCCCAGCUAGCUAUAAGAAAGCUAUAGAUGAGGAUCUGACGGCGUUGGCCAAAGAAUUAAGAGAACUUCGGAUUGAAGAAACAAACCGCCCGCUGAAGAAGGUAACAGAUUACUCCUCCUCCAGUGAGGAGUCCGAAAGCAGUGACGAAGAGGAGGAAGAUGGAGAGAGUGAGACCCAGGACGGGACGGUGGCUGUCAGCGACAUACCCAGACUGAUACCCACAGGAGCCCCCGGGAGCGCUGAGCAGUACAACGUGGGAAUGGUCAGCACACACGGGCUGGAGACCUCUCACGCGGAUACUUUCGGCAGCAGUAUUUCAAGAGAAGGAACCUUGAUGAUAAGAGAACCGUCUGGAGAGAAGAAGCGACCUGGCCACAGUGACAGCAAUGGCUUUGCCGGCCACAUCAACCUCCCGGACCUGGUACAGCAGAGCCAUUCCCCUGCGGGGACCCCCACCGAGGGCCUGGGGCGCGUCUCCACCCACCCCCAGGAAAUGGACGCCGGGACUGAAUAUGGCCUGGGGAGCAGCACCAAAGCCUCCUUCACCCCCUUUGUGGACCCCAGGGUAUACCAGACAUCUCCCACUGAUGAAGAUGAAGAAGAUGAGGAAUCAUCAGCUGCGGGAACCCAGAGGUAUCCAGGGGCCCUGGGAAAAGCUGUUCCUCCGAGAUCUCCAAACUCACCACCUAUUUCUCAAAAGCAGUUUCUGGCUCUGUUUACUAGCGAACUUCUUAGGCAAGAACAGGCCAAACUAAAUGAAGCAAGAAAGAUUUCAGUGGUAAAUGUAAACCCAACCAACAUUCGGCCUCAUAGCGACACACCGGAGAUCAGAAAAUAUAAGAAGCGAUUCAAUUCAGAAAUACUUUGUGCAGCUCUGUGGGGUGUAAACCUCCUGGUGGGAACUGAAAAUGGCCUGAUGCUUUUGGACCGAAGUGGGCAAGGCAAAGUUUAUAAUCUGAUCAACCGGAGGCGAUUUCAGCAGAUGGAUGUGCUCGAGGGACUGAAUGUCCUCGUGACAAUAUCAGGAAAGAAGAAUAAGUUACGAGUUUACUAUCUUUCAUGGUUAAGAAACAGAAUACUACACAAUGACCCAGAAGUAGAAAAGAAACAAGGCUGGAUCACUGUGGGAGACUUGGAAGGCUGUAUACAUUACAAAGUUGUUAAAUAUGAAAGGAUCAAAUUCUUGGUGAUUGCCUUAAAGAAUGCUGUGGAGAUAUAUGCUUGGGCUCCUAAACCGUAUCAUAAGUUCAUGGCAUUUAAGUCUUUUGCAGAUCUCCAGCACAAGCCACUGCUUGUUGAUCUCACAGUAGAAGAAGGUCAAAGAUUAAAGGUUAUUUUUGGUUCACACACUGGUUUCCAUGUAAUUGAUGUUGAUUCAGGAAACUCUUAUGAUAUCUACAUACCAUCUCAUAUUCAGGGCAAUAUCACUCCUCAUGCCAUUGUCAUCUUGCCUAAGACAGAUGGAAUGGAAAUGCUUGUUUGCUAUGAGGAUGAGGGGGUGUAUGUAAACACCUACGGCCGGAUAACUAAGGAUGUGGUGCUCCAAUGGGGAGAAAUGCCCACGUCUGUGGCCUACAUUCAUUCCAAUCAGAUAAUGGGCUGGGGCGAGAAAGCUAUUGAGAUCCGGUCAGUGGAAACAGGACAUUUGGAUGGAGUAUUUAUGCAUAAGCGAGCUCAAAGGUUAAAGUUUCUAUGUGAAAGAAAUGAUAAGGUAUUUUUUGCAUCCGUGCGAUCUGGAGGAAGUAGCCAAGUGUUUUUCAUGACCCUCAACAGAAAUUCCAUGAUGAACUGGUAACAGAAGAGCACUUGGCACUUAUCUUCAUGGCGUUAUUUCUAAUUUAAAAGAACAUAACUCAUGUGGACUUAAUGCCAGUCUAGAGGCAGAAUCAGAAGGCUUGGUUGAACAUACUGCUUUCCCCUUUUCCUCUCCCUCCACCCGUCCCGAUACAGUCCAUCUUUCAAUGUUGCAGCCUGGUUGAGGAGAGAAAAAGGUGGCAGGAAUUUCCAGGAGAUCCCCAAGAAUGCUGCGUUGUCUAUGGACAGAGAUGGACCAUGUGCCCUUCGGAGUUAGGGAUAGAAACAAAUAUUGUGUGCUCUUAUGAUUAAGCUGUGUUACGGUGGAUUUUUUAGUUUUGUUUUGUUUUUUACCUUUUUUUUCUUUACCCCCUUACUUUGUAAGAAUGGGGAGAGAACGCAUACUGAGAAAGUGUCUGUUUUUAAUUCUGUCUGCCUGCUAGCUUUAAGUAUAUGAUAUGUUGUUAAGAUCUCCAACUUCAAAUGGUGAGAGACGGCACAAUAAAUGUACCUUAUCUCUUUACACUGAAGGCCAUAACUACACAGUGGGGUAAUUUUAGAACUCUUUUGCCUUCACCAACCCAAGAGGUUGCUUUUUGAUAGCAACUGCUAAUGAAUUUUUAAAAGAGAAGAAAAAUACUAGUAUUCCCCUCUUUUGGGAAAUAGAUUUUAAGUGGCUAAACUACUAGCCUUAGACUAAUAAAAUCAACUACCAUUUUUGUGAGUCUGGCAGGCCCUAUUUUAUAGGGCCCUGUACAGAACAGAGUGUGUCUCAUGGGAUAGUAGUGCCAUUGAGUUAAGUUGACUCUAGUAAAUGAGGGACUCUAUAUACAACGUUGCCUCAAUGAUUACUGCAACAGAUCAGGGCAAAAGAUGGGAUGACAGAGGGGGUCAGAUGGAAAGAGCUUCUGGAAACAAGCUAAAAAUGUAUAUAUAUACACACACAUUUUUUUUUUCAAAUGCACAAAACUUCCCAGCUAGGAAGUCACUCUGUUUGGGCUUCGUUAGGAGUUAAGACCUUGUUCUUUCUGGGAAUUGGAGAAUCGAUGACAUCCAGGCUCUAGUUGCUCCCAGCUUCCUCCUGAGGUGCCACUGUCUCAAGAUGAAAACUGUGACUGAAAAAAUAAUAAUAAUAAAUGUCUCUGAGCUGCCUGUGUUCUCUCUGGGUUGGUGAGAGAAGGGACUAGACUACUAAGCCUGCCUGGGACCCAGCAGGCGUCAUUGGUUCAGAUUUUAUAGAACUUGAAAGCAAGGCUUUGGCCAAAAUUCUGAGACCCUAAUCAUUUUACCUUCCUCUAAAUUACCCAACAUCCGGUAAACAACGUUUGUGCAGAGAUAUGUAUGUAUUUUGUUCAGGUUGACUUGUGUCCUUAUAAACUCUUCCACGGAUGAUUUGAACUUUUGUGACUGUCUGGGAUUUUUUUUCCAAAGCUCUGAGCAUGGCCGCCUGUGGUAUCAAGGUGUUGCAAAACAGUAUCUGUGUUGCGCUUCCUGUUUUAACCUACCUCGUUUCGUUUGUUUCGUUUCACUGUUCAUCACAGCAGUGUUAUCUCCAGGAGACAUAUAGAGAGCUCAACUGGCAAUCUCAGGUGUAUUUCACAUUUGAAAAAAAAACAAAACAGUAGUUGACCAAAUUGUUCUUGAAAAAUUGAAAAAAAAAAUCCAACAGCAACAAAACUAUUGUGGCUCGUUUCUGGAGAAAACAAUUACUGUAAACAGAUCCAAAACCAAAAAUAUGAGCCUACUGAUUUUGCCUAAAUACAUGAGCAGCUGAUGUACUAUUAAUGAGAACGAAAUACACAUUAGGAAAACAGCGCCAUUUCAAUCUGGUGGCUUGGGCAAGGGAGGGACACAGAAGGGGAACUACUCUAGUUUUUGAAGUGGCUGAUUCUGCCCCUCCUGUAAAGGUGGUUGUCAUUUGCAUUUAUUUAAAGCAGGUAACACACAAAUGGAAUUGAGGAUUAUCUUCAGGCGAUCACCAAGAUGUCCUCAUUGUGGUCCCUUUAGCACUCAAAAGCAAUGAAAUCCUCCCGUUCUCAUUUUUACUGCUAAGGUUCUGCUGCUGAACAAUAGGAUCUUCGCAAAUUCCAUGCCACAAAUUCAGCAAUAACGUUUGGGAUCGAAUAGCAACUACUGUCAUUGGAUGCUGACGUGGACAAGACAUUGAUUUGGGUCUCAUCUCCGCAUGUGAUUGCCACCAGCUCUUUAUAUUGCUGCUGUGGUAUUUUGAACCAGAAGCUUCUUUAAAUUAUGUUGCAAACUGAUCUUUGUUUUAUGUUUUGUUCCGUUUUGAUUUCUAAGUGAUAAGUUCGGAACACACAGCUUUAACUGAUUUUUUUUUUAUUGUGGGAUUUGGGGUACAGUAAAGAAAUAAAAGGGAAUCAUUGUGUUUAAACAUAAGGUAGUUUGUGAAUGUAUUUUUUAAAAUCUAGAUUCAUUGAAACAAAAAAUCAUAAGAAGACAAUAUUAAUGCAGUCUUGUUUACAGUAUGUACACUGACAUGACAUAGACCAUGAGCUUUUCUGGUGCCAAGAAAAAUAAAACACAGACGUUAACCA